AAAGAAAAAAAAAAACAUAGGACUCGGACCUGCCACGCGGAUGCGUUGGCCCUCACCAACUAGUUCAUCUCUUCAAAAAAUUUUGGCUUUUACCUCCCUUCAGAAGUAAAAGCCUGGACGUCCUGGAGGGGCGGUUUCUCUCUGUCCUCAUGUCUGCACCGCAUCUUGGCCCAUGCAUCAAAACAGUUGUUGUCUCAACACUGACAUUUACCUCUUCAUCGGGGCAGCAGAUCCUAUCAUCGCUCACUCGUCUCGAGACCAUCAAAAUAUUAACAAUUCCAAACACCACACGGAAAGACUUCUCAAUCAACGUUCGCAGCAAUAUCCCUGAAAAAAGCAUGUUCCUUUCUAAUGUCGAGUUCGACGGCCCCGAGCAGCUUUACUCGCUCUUAAAACACUUUCCACCGGUGAAGGACUUCACUAUGCAAGACUGGGAGGUCUUGAAGGUCAUGGAGUCGUGUAAUGGUUCCGAGUCUUUGGCUGAACCAGUUCUCAGUUCAGGGCGCGGUGACGGCGCGGUGCAGGAGGUGGCCAGCAUCGCUUGA